CCGCCGCCGGUCUGUUUUGGCAGCUGGCGCCUGGCCCCGUCGACACAGGGGCGAACGAGAGGCGGCACGUGGCGCGGCUCUGAGGCGACUUCGAGCGGCCGAGGGGAAGCAGGCGCCAUGGGUACCGGCGAGGAGCCGCAGCACGGUGAACCAAAGAAAUUUGAUCCAACAUUCAAAGGACCAAUUGAAAACAGGAGCUGCACCGAUGUUAUCUGUUGCUUGAUAUUCAUUGCGGCUAUCAUCGGGUACGUCAUUGUGGGCAUCGUAGCCUGGACACAUGGAGACCCUCGGAAGGUGAUCUAUCCAACAGACAGUCGGGGGGAGUUCUGUGGUCAAAUUGGAAGUAGGAAUGAACAUAAACCAUUUUUGUUUUAUUUCAACAUUCUCAAGUGUGCCAGCCCUCUGUCGCUGUUGAAAUUACAAUGCCCAACAACACAGACUUGUGUUAAACAAUGCCCAAAAAGUUUUGAAAGCUACCUCGGUAUUUUCCGUUCCCCAAAGAAGUGGAAUAAUUACAUCCAGUACUGUAAACCAGGCUUUAAUGAUUCCAGCAAAUCAGCUGCAGAAGUGUUACGAGAUCAGGAUUGUCCUACCUUCCUAACUCCCAGCAAGCCUUUUAUCGGGAGAUGCUUCCCUGCCCUAGAAACCAGUAAAGGUGUGAUUAUGAUCAACAACCAGACUAAUUAUAAUUUCGCCGAUGGAGGAACUGUGAAUGUCACGCAGCUACUGGAAGGAGCUAAGGGAGCAAAUCGUAUUCUUGAAGCCAGAGAAGUGGCGAUGAAGAUAUUUGAAGAUUACACGAAAUCUUGGUACUGGAUUUUGAUUGGUCUGAUCAUCGCACUGGUAAUUAGUCUAAUCUACGUUGUGUUGCUACGCUUCCUUGCCACAGUAAUGGUGUGGCUAUCCAUUCUGCUGGUCAUUGCUGCCCUCGGCUAUGGGAUUUAUCAUUGUUACAUGGAAUAUGCAAGUUUGAAAGGGGUUCAAGGUUCUGAUAUCACCAUCAAAGACCUGGGUUUUCAGACUGACCUACGUGUGUACCUACACCUACGGCAGACGUGGCUGGCAUUCAUGAUCAUUCUGGUUAUAGUUGAAAUUAUCAUCAUUCUCAUCUUAAUAUUCUUACGGAAAAGAAUUGCUAUUGCAAUUGCCUUGAUCAAGGAAGCAAGCAGGGCCAUUGGAUACAUAAUGUCCUCUCUUCUCUUUCCACUCAUCACUUUUGUCCUACUGUUAUUCUGCAUAGCUUAUUGGGCCAUAACAGCUGUCUAUUUAUCGACUUCCAGCGAAGCAAUCUAUAAAGUAAUUGGCAAUGAGACAACUUGCAACUACACGUCGCUGAAUUGUAACCCUAAAAGUUUCAGUGAUUCUUCUAUCAAAAAGCAGUGCCCAGAAGCACAGUGCUCAUUUGCAUUUUAUGGAGGCGAGACCUAUUAUCAUCGAUACCUCACCUUGUUCCAGUUCUACAAUCUCUUCCUCUUUUUCUGGCUGGUUAAUUUUGUCAUUGCCCUAGGAGAAGUUACAUUAGCGGGCGCAUUUGCCUCCUACUAUUGGGCCUUUAAUAAAUCAGCUGACAUGCCAAAAUUUCCUGUGUUGGCGUCAAUCGGACGAGCUCUCAGAUAUCAUGUUGGCUCCUUGGCAUUUGGAUCUCUGCUCUUGGCCAUUGUCCAAAUUAUCAGAGUUUUAUUGGAAUAUAUUGAUCAGAAAUUAAAAGGUUCAGAAAACAAAGUUACGAAAUUUCUGUUGGCCUGCUUAAAAUGUUGCUUCUGGUGUCUGGAGAAAUUCCUGAAGUUUUUGAACAGGAAUGCGUAUAUAAUGAUUUCAAUUUAUGGGAGUAACUUCUGCACCUCAGCAAAGAAUGCAUUCUUCCUACUCAUGAGAAAUAUCAUCCGGGUGGUUGUUCUGGACAAAGUCACAGAUUUCCUUCUGUUUCUUGGCAAGCUGCUCAUAGUCGGAGGAGUAGGCAUCCUUGGAUUUUUCUUCUUCACUAAUCGGAUAACGAUAUUGGAGGACAAGACGCCAGCUCUGAAUUAUUACUGGCUUCCACUGCUGACUCUGAUUAUUGGCUCAUACCUUGUUGCACAUGGGUUCUUCAGUGUCUAUGCUAUGUGUGUGGACACACUGUUCCUCUGUUUCUUGGAAGACCUGGAAAGGAAUGAUGGUUCAACUGAGAGACCUUAUUUCAUGUCCAAAAGUCUUCUGAAGGUCCUGAGGAAGAAAAAUGAAUGAAGACUGUUGAGUGCAGCUUGCAAUUUGGGACAUAACCUCUACUCAAACAACAUGGAGCUUCUUUACAUCAUCCUAAUCAUUAUCUGAACGUGGAGCUAGAUGCCUGAAAUCAGUGUAUAUCCAAGCUCUAGGAUAUGACUCUUGCAGAGGUUCUUCUCUGUGAGUUCUUUGUCUGCAGUACAGUGGGUACUGAGCUGUGCCAAAACAUGUUGUUAUCUUCUUGUAUUUUUUACAUGCAUUUGUAAAAAGAUGAUCUAUCUAGGAUUGUGCCAGGCAGACCCACACUUAACAUCUCCUGCUGUAAUUAUUUUACAGAGAAUAAAUUCAGAGGUAUUACUAACGAAUGAGAUUUUGCAUGCCAGAUUGGAAUGGUUUUAAUAAACUCCACAAUUGACUUUUAAAUUUUGACUAUUGUGGCCAGGCUUUAUUGCUAUGCUUAGCAUGUAAGCAUUGUCAAGUACCUGUAAGUCUACAUAUAAUUAUUUUUGUUUCCUGUUCUCUUCCUUGCCUUUCCUAACAUCUACCCAAAUGCUGUUAAUUAUGGGGCAUGUUCUAGGGUGCUGAGCAUCCUCUUACCAAUCUUUAUUAAACUGUAAAAACAUUUCUAAGAUAGGCAUCUGAUGUAUUCUGACUUUACCCCUGAUGUUAGUGUAAGUAAAGCCCUAGUCACUUGAGUGAUAACAGUAAAUUAAAUGUUAAUCUUCCAGAUCAUUGAAACAAAACAGUUAUAUUAUUGCUCAUUUAGAAGCCUUAACCGUUGGUUCAGAAACUUUAAUUCAGAUUCCUUGAUGGUUGCUAGGAAUUUUAAUUAAUGAAAUAAGCCAGAGUUUAGCAUCAUAAUUAUAAUGACUAUAUUAUUGAAAGGACCCAGUUGAUUCAUUUGCUCUCUUAAGGAUAGACUGGUAACUGUGCCUCCAAAUAUUCUAAUGUUGUUUACUCCAAAAUAGCCACAAAAAAAACUCAGUUGUAUGAAAUUGCAAUGGACUGUGCCAGUACCAUUGGCAUACAGACUUUGAUUGUUCAUUAAGGUAACCUACCACCAUUGUGCCAAGAGCAGUUAGCAAAUGUAUAUUAAACAUUAGACUUCGCAACAACAUUGACACCUUGUGAACUAAUUUUUAAAAGUAUUUAGGUGGUGCUGUUCAGGAAACCUUCAAGUUUCCUGGCAUCUUGGGGAUAUUUUCAUCUUCUCCUUUAUUCACAACUGCUACCCUAGAAACAUUUCUCUAAAGAAUAUGUUAACCAUUCUUCUACAUGGGUUCAUUAAUAAAGAGUACAGAUGUAUAUCACAUGAAGUCUAAGCUGGGCAACAAAAUCCUGUUUUUGUAUGUUGAGGUUGAGAUUAAAGGCAUUGAUUUUUUAAAUGAUUAAUACGCUUUGAUGGUCUUGUUAAGUUCCUGGAAGCCUCUCUCAAUUAGAAAAGCUUUGACCUUGUACAGAAGCAGCUUCUAUUUUGUAUUUAAAAUUUCAAAAUGUUAUUUUAAGAAAUGACCUAUAUAAUUUUUUCUGUAUAAAUGAGACUGCAGAGAAUAUAGCUACAUUUAUUUGUCUGUACAUAUAAAAUGUGUGAACUACAGCUAAUCACCAUUUGCAUGUCCACAUUAUCAACUGAAAAAUAAAAUGGUAUUCUUCCUUUUGUAAA